AUGGAUUUUACUCAAAGCCAUUAUGACUAUUCCCUCUUCACCAAAAGAAUAGGCGCUAAUCUUGUAGUCAUCCUAGUUUAUGUGGAUGAUUUGUUGGUAACUGGCAGCAACUUACUUCUUAUUCAGCAAGUCAGAAAAGAUUUGCAAGAGAACUUUAAAAUGAAGGAUCUAGGGGAGCUAAAAUAUUUCCUUGGCAUUGAGUUCUCAAGGUCUCAAAAGGGUAUCCUAAUGUGUCAAAGGAAAUAUGCCCUAGAAUUGGUAUCCGAACUUAGCCUAGCAAGAGGAAAAUCAGCCUAUACACCUCUUGAGUUUAUUCAAAAACUUACCUCUGUUGAGUUUGAUCAAAUAGUAAAAGAUAGUGACUCUGAAGAUGUGCAACUUGAAGAGAAGGGAAAUUAUCAAAGACUAGUUGGGAGGCUCCUGUACCUAAUAAUGACAAGACCAGAUAUAGCCUUUGCUGUUCAGGUACUCAGUCAGUAUAUGCAUGCACCUAAGACUUCUCACAUGAAAGCUGCUGAGAGAGUAGUGAGAUAUAUCAAGUCUACACCUGGACUUGGUCUGUUCAAGCCAACAGGAAGGUGUAAUAAACUAAUAGCCUAUUGUGAUUCAGAUUGGGGAGCUUGUGUUGAGUCUAGGAGGUCAGUCACAGGGUAUGUGGUUAAAUUUGGAGAUGCACUGAUUUCCUGGAAGUUAAAGAAACAAGGGACAAUAUGA